AUGGAGAACAAGGAGCAUCAUCACCACCACCAUCACCACCAUCACCACCAUUCUAAUGGGUCCUAUGUGAGCAACAAGGUGUCCUCGCUGGCUGAUGGUUCUCGUGUUGGUAAUUACCAAAUUGUGAAGACGCUUGGAGAAGGUUCCUUUGGUAAAGUGAAGCUGGCAUACCAUGUAACCACUGGGCAGAAAGUGGCAUUGAAGAUCAUUAACAAGAAAGUGUUGGCCAAGUCUGAUAUGCAAGGCCGUAUUGAGCGUGAGAUAUCGUACCUGAGGUUGCUGAGACACCCACAUAUCAUCAAACUGUAUGAUGUCAUCAAGUCUAAGGACGAAAUUAUCAUGGUUAUCGAGUAUGCAGGCAAUGAGUUGUUCGAUUACAUUGUGCAGAGGAAUAAGAUGAGUGAGCAGGAGGCCAGGAGGUUCUUCCAGCAGAUUAUCAGUGCAGUAGAGUACUGCCACAGACAUAAGAUUGUACAUAGAGACUUGAAGCCGGAGAACUUGUUGUUGGACGAACACUUGAAUGUCAAGAUUGCCGAUUUCGGUUUGUCUAAUAUCAUGACAGAUGGUAACUUCUUGAAGACUUCUUGUGGUUCACCAAAUUACGCGGCACCAGAGGUUAUUAGUGGGAAACUGUAUGCAGGUCCUGAAGUCGAUGUGUGGUCCUGCGGUGUCAUUUUAUAUGUCAUGCUUUGUCGUCGUUUGCCCUUCGAUGAUGAAAGCAUUCCAGUGUUGUUCAAGAACAUUAGCAACGGUGUCUACACUUUGCCAAAGUUUUUGUCACCUGGAGCUUCUGAUCUUAUUAAGAGAAUGCUUAUUGUUAACCCAUUGAACAGAAUAAGUAUCCAUGAAAUAAUGCAGGAUGAAUGGUUCAAAGUUGAUCUGGCAGAGUAUUUAGUCCCACAGGAUUUGAAACAGCAAGAACAGUUCAACAAAAAGUCAGGAAAUGAAGAAAAUGUGGAAGAGAUUGACGACGAAAUGGUUGUUACUCUAUCGAAGACCAUGGGAUAUGAUAAGGAUGAAAUUUACGAAGCCUUGGAAUCCUCUGAAGAUACACCAGCUUAUAACGAGAUAAGAAAUGCAUACAUUCUGAUUAAGGACAACAAGUCUUUGAUCAAGGACAUGAAGCAAGAUAAUAAUGUAACACAAGAACUGGAUACGUUCCUUUCGCAAUCUCCUCCAACAUUCCAGCAGAAUGGUGAUGGUAUGAAGGCAUCGGAAGAUCAAAAGAAAAAACACAGUGGGAGAAGACUUGCUUCUUCGGUAACUCAGCAAAGGACGUUCCACCAACCUCCGUUUAUGGACCAAUCAAAGGAAGAGGACUCCACAAUCUCUAUUCUUCCAACCUCUUUACCACAAAUCCACCGUGCAAAUAUGCUGGCACAAGGCUUGCCGGCUGCUUCCAAGAUAUCACCUUUGGUAACCAAAAAAUCAAAGACAAGAUGGCAUUUUGGUAUACGAUCCCGUUCCUACCCAUUAGAUGUGAUGGGUGAGAUUUAUAUUGCAUUAAAGAACCUUGGUGCAGAGUGGGCAAAGCCUUCUGAAGAAGACCUAUGGACUAUCAGGGUGAGAUGGAAGUAUGAUUCAGAUGAAUCCAGACUUAUCGAAGAUGGUGUUAAGAAAAUUCCAAACCUAAUGAAAAUUGUAAUUCAAUUGUUUCAAAUAGAAACUAAUAACUACUUAGUUGACUUCAAGUUUGACGGUUGGGAGAGUACUUACGGUGACUCAACUAUUUCAACCAAUAUGUCUGAGGAUGAGAUGAGUACCUUUUCGGCAUACCCAUUCUUGCAUUUGACAACUAAACUUAUCAUGGAAUUGGCUGUAAACAGUCAAGGAAACUAG